GAUGAAAAAGGUUCUACGACAACAUCCUGCUCGUACAAUCACCGAACUGAGACAAAAGCUUCAAGAAAUAUGGGAUUGUUUUACACCAAAUUUAUGCUCCAAAGAAUUUCAGCCUUAUAAAAAAAAAUAAAGGUGAUGUUACCCAAUGGUAAUCUUUCAAUUGUUGCUUUGUUAACUUCGCGCAUUUAUUCGCACAUUGUUUAUUUGUUC